UCCAUGCCGCAGCUCACUAAGCCCACGCCGAGCAAAACCCUUGCCCCCCCGGGCCUUUAUAAUCCAAACCCUAGCGCAACUGACUCCUCCACCUCGCAGACAUCCCCGAGAAGAAGCCGCCGCCGACGCCGCCGACCCUCGCGCCGCCGCCACUUCUCCUCGGGGCGCAACCAUGGUGACCUCCACGAAGAAGACGAAGAAGUCCGGGGACAACAUCAACAACAAGCUGCAGCUUGUCAUGAAGAGCGGCAAGUACACGCUCGGCUACAAGACCGUCCUCAGGACCCUCAGGAACUCCAAGGCAAAGCUUGUGAUCCUUGCUAACAACUGCCCUCCACUCCGCAAGUCUGAGAUUGAGUACUAUGCUAUGUUGGCGAAGAUCACUGUCCACCACUACCAUGGAAACAAUGUUGAUUUGGGAACUGCGUGUGGUAAAUACUUCCGAGUCUGCUGCCUGAGUAUCAUCGACCCUGGCGAUUCCGACAUCAUCAACGCAACACCAGCUGGCCAGUAAACCUGUGCAUGCCAUUUUCAGUGUCUCGUCUGAUGCGUCAUCUAAGGUGGUUCUAGAGUGUAGUUCUUGCUGGACUUGAUUUGGUCUUCUGUACAUCAUUUAUCAGUCAAUCAAGUUUGAUGGGACUAUGGUUUUUCA